AAUUUGGUGGAUGACCUUCUCACACGGCAGAAACAACUUCAGGCAUCUUACAAGAAUGAAGGCACAGAACCAGAUGUGAUAAGAUCUAGCCUAAUGACGGGAGGGGUCAAACGAGGCAUAACCAACCCGUGGCUCUUGGAAGAAUCUGAGGAAACCAGAGGGCUUGGCUUUGAUGAUCUCAGGCAGCAGCAGCGAAGGAUCAUAGAAGAGCAAGACGCUGGACUUGAUGCUCUUUCUUCAAUCAUAUCCCGGCAAAAGCAAAUGGGGCAGGAGAUUGGGAAUGAGCUGGAUGAACAGAAUGAGAUCAUAGACGACCUCACUAACCUGGUUGAAAACACAGACGACAAGCUUCGCAACCAGACGCGGCAUGUGAAGAUGGUGGAUAAGAAGUCAACAUCCUGUGGAAUGCUGGUGGUGAUUGUGUUGCUGCUGAUCGCGAUUGCUGUGGUUGCUGUCUGGCCAACGCAGUAAUGCAGAUCUGGGGCCCAUCGGAGCUGCUGCUUGACAGCUGAGCGUGGAGGACUCCAGAGAAGAGACUGACUUUGUGCAAAGACCUUCUGUCUUUUAAAUAAACUCAACAGUAUGAGAAUGAAGCUGUGUCCGACAGACGUCCCUUCUUCCUUUGGUGCACAGCUGAAGAGCACUGCCUGAUUUGGAGGGUUGGAACUUGAAA